CCCCGUCAUCUCGCGCUAAGCGCUUACAUCAUCAUCCAUGGUAGAAAGGAGAUUUGCAAAUGGAGGCUGCUGAAAUAACCACUAUUUGAUCAACAAAAGGUACUUCGGCCAUGUCUGAUUCUCUGUAUGAGAAGUUUUUAGCCCCGGAGGAGCCUUUUCCUCUCCUCUCCCAAAGAGCUAACCUCAGUGAUGUGGGGAAUCUUGAUGUCAGUGAUUUUAGCUGUCAGCUCUCAUCAUGUCACAGAACAGACCCUCUUCACCGUUUCCACAGUAACAGGUGGAACCUUACUUCCUGUGGGACCAGUGUUGCCAGCUCAGAGUGCAGUGAGGAGCUCUUCUCCUCUGUGUCCGUGGGAGAUCAGGAGGAUUGUUACUCCCUUCUGGAUGACCAAGAACUAACGUCUCUGGACCUGUUUCCAGAGGGCAGUGUUUGCAGUGAUGUCUCCUCUUCCAUCAGCACUUACUGGGACUGGUCAGAUAGCGAGUUUGAGUGGCAGUUGCCAGGAAGUGACAUUGCCAGUGGCAGCGAUGUCUUUUCAGACAUUAUCCCAAGUGUUCCAAGUUCACCCUGCCUGUUUUCCAAGAGAAAGCCAAAGACCCACCUGCAUCGCAACUUGGAUGAGUUGCCAUGGAGUGCCAUGACCAACGAUGAGCAGGUGGAGUACAUUGAGUACCUAAGUCGGAGGGUCAGCACAGAGAUGGGCCUGAGAGAGCAGCUUGAUAUAAUCAAGAUCAUCGACCCCAAUGCUCAGAUCUCUCCAACCGACAGCGAGUUCAUCAUAGAGCUCAACUGCCUGACCGAUGAGAAACUCAAGCAGGUGCGUAACUACAUCAGAGAGCACAGCCCAAGGCAGCGGGCUGCCAGCACCAGAGAAGGUUGGAAAAGGAGCAGUCACAGCAGUGCCAGCACUGGCGGUAUCAGUGGAGCCAGCAGCAGUAACGCCAGCAUGGUCAGCUCUGCUAGCUCCUCCACCAGCUCUACUGCUUCUAACUCUGUAGCAGGAGGUACAGCAUCAGCCUGUAGUGGAAGCAGUGCUGCAAACAUUAGCAGAGCUCACAGUGACGGCAACCUUCCCAGUGCAGCAGAACGCAUCAGAGACUCUAAAAAACGCUCAAAGCAACGUAAGCUCCAACAGAAGGCGCUCCGUAAGCGCCAGCUGAAAGAGCAGCGACAGGCCCGCAAGGAGCGUCUAAGUGGACUGUUUCUAAAUGAGGAGGUGCUGUCACUGCACGUGACGGAGGAGAAUGACCACGCUGACGACCUGGAUGUACUGAUGUGACACCAGUGAAUAAAUCAGUGCUCCCUCUACGGCUUCUCUUUCAUUAUGCAGCCACUACCAUCCAGCUUAUAGACUAUGUUGAUACGAAUCUGUUCAUCCAAUAGCUUUAAAGUAUGCCAACAAACAUGUAGUAUAUUUUGUUGGCGUGAUGACUGAUAGGCAGUAACAGCAAAGACGCUCUUAACAUCUGUCGGCAUGUUGCUUGGUUAUUCUUUUGUCGUGCUUUAACAGUCAGCAUAGCACACACCAUUAAGGCAUGUACUACAUUACUGCCAAACUCCUGCUUACAAUUUGAGUAGUUACUCAUCUUUUCUAUCCUGCUUUUAUCCUGUUAGAUUGCUUUAACUCUUUGAAUCUUGCUGAUACACAAAUUCAUUCGAUACAGUUUAUACCCACUGCUGAUAAUACAGAAACCUAGGUGAAGGACAGAUUAGGAAAAACGAGCCGAUUUGUUGCCACAUGUUCAGAUACUCAAAAUCAGUUGAUGGUAAGAAGUGUAUUGGGGGGGGGGGGGGGGGUCUCUAAACAAGCUGGCAUUACUUCAACUAAUUUGAUUGUAGUUUUUAUGCACACCCUACACUUACAUCUAUAGGCUACUCUACAGGACUGUAUUUGCACUAUCUCAACGUCUCCGCUAUGACUAUAGUUUUAAAUCCAUUGGCAAUAUUGUGGCAUUUAAUAUAUACCUAUUGUCAAAGUAGCUAAAGUGCUCAUUACCAGUAUCCCUUUCAACAGGACAGUCUGUUUUUCAGAACAUGAGCCCUUGUAGACACAUCAGGAGAAGAAGAAAAAAAGAAAGCAAUAUCGAUUCAUAAAAGAAUGAAAACUUGUGUGUUAGUUUGUUUGAAGCCCAUUCCUUCACUUAAUAAAAUCAUACACCAUACAGCAGAAUAAUACUCCAAAAACUCAAGGAUACUAUUGUGUUAGAGAGAUUUCUCAUGUUUAAACUGCAGUGCAAGGUAGUGAACUGACCUGUCUUUCAAUGUGCUGAAUGUUGUGCACUUUUUCAAUCCAAAGGCUUAGAGGGAGCACUGACUUUGUGCAUGUUUUUAAAAAAAAAAAAAAAAGGUCAGCCACACUAAGUCCUCGUGUGAUCUAGUGACUUACAACUUGCUGUAAUAUUUGCAAACACAUGUCAAAAUAUAACUGAUUUGUUGUACAUAAAUGAAAUUUUCAGCUUAUUUACUGGUUGCUUUUAGUUUGUCCUAGUGAUAAACAUUUGGUACAUUUUUUCCCCCCCCACAUUAUGUUCUGUAUGUGAAACAUAAGUUAGUGGCACCCUAACUUAUAUUUAACACUAACUUGCGUUGUUACUCGCACUAACACAGCUUUUAAUGAGUUUGAGCUUCUUUUUAUGUUUUGUUGUAUUCAUAUUUGCUUGAGAUCUAUGUUUUCUGUUUUCAUCUUCCUUAUAUAAGAAACACAUUGAGGAUCUUCUCAGUGGUUCUGUAAUGAACAACCUCCAACCCUUACUGAGCUCUGGCACUAAAGUUAUUCAUCACAUUGAUUAUGUUGAUGCAGCCAUGUGUAUUGUUUAGUUUAAAAUUAGUACAAUUCUAUUUUGAACAAUAAGAUCAUUUUAAACUACAAAAAUGUAGUGAUGUGACAAAGCUGUAAGUGACGUGUACCAUGUAAUGAAUUUCAACAGAAUAACAUUACGAUGGAAUAUGGUUAAACCUUCUUUUUUUUUUUUUUGUUCUCAAAAGUUUUGAUUGGUGACAGUCGCUCUGUCAAUUGUACAAAAGAAAUGUGUUGAGGUCAUAACAUUUAAACCAUCUGUUACCAUUGCAAUAGUUUCCUUAAACAUACCAGUUCCUUUGAAAUCACCAGAGAACAUUGUUACCUGCUCUUAUUGAUGGUAUCAUCACUGGCUACGUGCUGAAAACCAGACAUGCCAUGCUGGUGCUUCAGGGAGAAGAGGGCUUUCUGUCCACUCAGUGGCUUGAAUUUACUGUAAACUUUGCUAAUAAACUCCCCUUGUUGCAA